AUGGAUGUUGACGACGACGACGCGUUCCUUUAUGGAGAUGAAUCACCUCCCAAAACUGAGGUAGCUUUACCCCCCUCGGCAGAACAAGCUCCGGAGUCUUUCAAUACGCCUACAGCUAGUACUUCGGCCAAUGGUCUUAGCUCUUCUAUGGCUGCCUCGCUGGCAGCUUACGGUAUCGAACCUUCUUCUGCCGUAGUGGAUAAUCCCGAAGAUGGAGGUGUAGAAGAAGAAGAUGAGGAAGAUGAGGACGAAGAAGAUUCAGACGAAUCUGAAGAUGACGUUAAAGUUGUUUUCACCGGUCAAAAUCCUAGAACACUGGAUCUGAGAAAACCUCAAACUGCACCUUCAAACGUUAUUGGAAUAGGUAAAUGGGCGCAAUCAAGUACAGGUGCAGCUGCACCUGCAGUAGCUCCUUCAACGCCUCAACAAGUCUCUACGCCAUCUAAACCUGUCCAAAUGACUGCCAAUCAAACGACAGAAUACACACCUACAUCUCGACCUGGUGUCUCUCAACCCUCAACUUCUUCAGCCCCAACUUUGAAUGCACCUUUGACAAACCCACCUAUAUCAUCAGCACCAAAUGAAGUACAACCAACCUUGCAAUCUCAGUCUCAACCACAAUCCCAAGCACAGCAACUUAAUCCUAACGUGAAUCUUCCUCCUUCAUCUCUUCCACCAGUAACAGCUGCUUCAACGCAUCCUAAAAUAGAUCCAACCAACCCAUCUGGUAUAAUACCGUCAACCGGACAAAGUGUUUAUGAGAUUGAUAUGACUCAAUUCGAAGGUAGUGGUCAACCAUGGCGGAAACCCGGUUCAAGUAUAAGUGAUUGGUUCAAUUUCGGUUUUGACGAAAUUAGUUAUCCUAGAUAUCUGAGGUAUAGAACUGAGAUGGAACAAGGUCGCGCUGCUAUGAUGAACGUACCACCCAUGGCCCCUAUACCGCAAGAUAUAGCGAACAUGCUACAUAUGCCUUUCAACCCUAUGCUUCAGCAACAACAGCAACAGCAAGCGCAACAACAGCAACAACAGCAACAACAGCAACAGAUGCAAAUAAUGGCAAAUCAGAUACAACAACAAAUGGGAAUGAUGAAUCCUCAGAUGCAAGCUCAAAUGCAACAGAUGAUGGCUAUGCAGGGUUUAGAUAUGAGUAUGAUGGGCAAUAAUCAGCCUGGAUUCGGAAUCCCAAAUCAGAUGAUGCAAAAUCAACCACAGGGUGGAAUGCCUCAGCAAAACAUGAUGAGACAAGGUAAUACGAGACCAAGUAUGACACCAACACCUCAGCCAGCAGCGUCAGGAACACCUGAAGCAGGAGAAGAAGUGGUGAAACAGGAGGAAGGAGUUGAGACCGGCGGCGAGAUAUCUGAACCUCAAACUCAGACCAUCAAUCCUGCUAUACGAGGACGUGUGCCUGUCAGAGGAGUACCAGUGAGAGGGGUACCGCUACGUGGACGAGGAGUUGCUGUUCCUCUAGGUCCCAGAGCUGGAUUUGUUGCACCUACUGGGCCGAAAGCAGGUCGGUUCAGAGACAAAGAUAAAGUGGAUACUUCGGGAGCUGGAUCAUUAGACUAUGGUGCAAGUGAAGGUGGAAACGAUUCUGAUGUCCCUUCUAAAUCGGAGAAAAGCAUAUCGGCAAAAAAAGAACCAGAGGACUUAGAAUCCAAAUCAAGAAGCAGAACCAGAAGUAGAUCAGCAAGUCCUUUACCCAGAAAAAGCAGUAGCAGGAAAAGCUCGAGAAGGGAUCACGAUUCUUACUCUUCUAACGAAAGUGACCAUGAGAGGGAGAAGAGGAAAACGUCAAAGAAAACAAGAGAUAGAGAGAAAGAAAAGGAUAAGAGGAAAAGAGAAGAAGGUGGUGGUUCAGCAACUCUAGGUCCAGGUGGUUGGGAAUCAGAAGGCGAAGAAGAGGAAAGGAGGUCGAGUCGACGUAAAAGAUCACCUAGUGAAGAAUCAGACAAGCGUACGAGAAGAAGUAAGAGGCGUUAA